AUGACUACUCCCCAAGUCUCCAAGGCUGAUGCCGAUCUUUGGCUGGCUUACGGUGUGAAGCUCAAGAACACUUUCGCUCAAUCCUUCACCCCUGGCGACAACAGCCGCUUCUACAUCGCACCACUCUCUUGUGCAGGUAUCGCGGCCGGCAGGAAUAUCAACUCAGCCAUCACUAACAACGGCGUGUAUGUUAUCGGUGACACACUUCUAAGCCUUGACGAGCCAGUCUUCCUUCCUGGCCGACAGAGCUACUUCCAACGAUGCCUCUCGUACGCCAACAGCGUCGAACUUCACUCGCAUGAGAACACUGUCGCCCAAGCUCGGUACAAUAUUGCGCAGGAAGAAGCCCGGGAAGCCCAGAAGAGAUAUCAAGACGCCAAAUUUAUCGCCAUUAAGAUCUGGAAGAAGAAUUUGACUGCCCAGAUCACUACUGACUCCUUCUCUCAGUGGUGCAUCCAGAACUAUCCUAUGUUUUCAUUGGCGCAGUCCUCCAAUGACGCUGCCGCCGCUGCCGCAGCUGUUGCUUCUUCCGAUAUGAAUGACCCAAUGGCUCCCAUCGUGAGACAAUAUCAGUCAAGUCUCAAUGCUGCCAAUGGCACGUCUGCAAUUCCUGGCGUGACCAUGACCUGCUCCUCUGCCAGCGCCGAUCAGAUCUCUUCCGGUCAAGCUGGCACCCCCGGUGCUCCGUUGGAGCGUCCCGCGUAUACGAUAACCUCUCAGUACCCCCAAGUCGUUAACGGCUGGAUCGACACAUUCACCCAGAACUCCAAGACACCCACGACGAUUACAUUCAAGGCGAGCGACGCCAGUUCGUCAUCUUGGCAGGACCUUGGGUACUCGAACGACACUGUUCAGAUGACCAGACCGGACUGCAUUUUUUUCAGCGCAACAUACACCGAGAACUACGAGACUGUGACCAAAACUGUUACCGCGGAAGAAGCUGGGUCUGAUUUGGAGGUUACUAUCACCGUUACUGACUUCCAAAGCUUUCCUAUUGCCCCCGGAAACUGGAACCCGAGCCAGCUUGCUGGUUUGCCCAUCGUCGCCAACGCCGAUCCCAGCCUUCGGAAGCCUAUGGCGGUUGUCAACCAGGCCAUCCUCGCUUACGGUGUUGGCAUGGAGGUGAAGCUUUCUUCCUCCGCCGCAUCCACCAUCAAUAACUACAUGGACAAGGCCAGCUCCAACGGUGGCAGGGCGUCCAUCUUUGGCUUUAACAUCGGUCUCGAGGGCGACGCCAACUCCACUCAGACUUCAACCACCACCUUUGACCAAGUCAAGAGUGCCAGCUCCAGCACUAGUUUCACCAUUCCCCCAUCUGACAACUCCAACCCUACCUUGUUGGGUGUCAUUGGCCAGGCCAUCCCUCUUCCCAAUAACGCAUAG